AUGAACAAUAGAGGGCGUACUCCUGGUAGCGCUGGACGGACAACAUCGAGAAUGUUAUCCUCUAAACAGCAGGGAUUGUCCAUGAGAAAGAGAGAAAUGACCCCAACUCGAAAUACUAAUAUAGUGCCGAAUGCUACUAUGGUUGGUGAUAGAUUUUUGGGAGUUCGAAUGAAUGACGAUGAAAUGGAUCUUGCCAAUCAUUUAAUGACCUCCAAGUAUUUUCCUUCUACCACGAAUACGACUACUAAUACUAAUGAAAAUUUAAAUACAUCUUCGUCGGCGCCGAAUAGCCCCCGCAACGAUAACGACAAAGAAAAUGCUGGCUUGGGUAAAAUGAUGCGAAUAAAGUCUGCCGGAAGACUUACUGAUGCGGAAGAAGGCGAUAGAAUCCUUUGUUACCGGAAAAACUUGGCUCCACCUCCAGCUGUCGGUUAUAUCAACCAAGCCAAGGUUCUCUAUUCAACUAACAGCGUUAUUAAUCCGUCAUCUUCCGUUAAAAGAUCAAUUCGGCACGUUCCUACCACGGCGUCAAAAGUUCUCGAUGCCCCUGGUCUUACGAAGGAUUUAUAUUCGCGGCAUAUUGAUUGGGGAAGCCACAAUUGGGUGGCAGUCGCCCUUUCGCACGAAUUAUAUUUGUGGAACACCGAAACUAGUGUUAUCAAAAAUUUCUUCGAAGACAAUGCUCCGACUAACGAAGGUCUCAUCACUUCCGUACGGUGGAGUCAAGAAGGAAAAUACUUGUCUCUUGGAUACGAAAGUGGAGCCGUUAAGAUUUAUGAUCCAAACCGUCCAAAGACAUCGUCUUAUGUUCGUGAACUGAGGACACUACGCGUUGGAGGAGCUCAGCGUUGUGGUUCAAUCAGCUGGAAAAAGAACGGAAUCAUGACGUGUGGAUACAAAAGUGGAGAUAUUGUGAAUCAUGACGUUAGAAUUGGGAAACAUGUUGUGUCAGCGUGGGGAGGCGAAAAUGGACAUCGCAGAGAUAUUACUUCAUUGGAAUGGUCUACUGAUGAAACAAUGUGUGCUUCAUCAUCGGCAGACCAUACUGCGAAAGUCUGGGAUGGAAGACAUGUUCGAUCGGAUACUGAAAUUAUCACAAAUCCCACCGCUUUAUAUAAUAUCGAUGAGCAUAUUGGACAAGUGCGACGAGCGCAAUUUUGCAAUUUUCGUGAUGGGGUUCUUGCCACUUCUGGCGGAAUUGGCGAUGGAACUGUCAAACUGUGGGACGUGAAACGCAAUUGUCAGAAGAUUCGCGAUAUUGCUGUAUGCGAGUCGGGCGGUGUUGGCGGAAUUGUCUUCAAUCGGGCUUACAACGAAAUGCUAACCGCGAGCGAUGACGGAUUUUUGAAAAUUUUUAGAUUUAAUGCAAAUUAUAAGCUAUCACAUGAAAUUCAAGCUUCAUCAGAGCAAAUUAUGGAUUUGGUUGCUUCUCCAAUUGACGAAGUUUUGACCGGAGAUAUGGAAGAGACACUCAAAGUGUUUAAAUUGUUUACGGUCGACAAAAGCACGAAUAUUUUGGAUCGCACUCAACCCAAAAAUGUUGGUUUUAAUGUUCGAUAA